UAAUCAGAAGUGGCAACCAAGAACGAAGACCCGUGAACGCAGCACGUCUUGAGGUUUCGUCGACAGGAACGACUUUAUCACAUACAGGGAUUGCAGGGGGCAGCAUUGCUCAGAGAUUCUCAACAUGGGACAACUAAUGAUCUACUUCGUCGCUUUUGUGCUCCCUAUCACCUCGAGCGCACAGGUUGUAUGCCCUACCGAAGGUACUACCGACGCGUGGAAGAGCGUCAAAAGCCGAUCCAGCGGGACGUACUACCUCUACUCGACUACGGACGCCAGUAGGGUAGACUGUUCGCACGUGAGUGCUCCGACAAGCACGGACGAGACACACAAAACUGCCACUAUUACUUUUGGAGGCAGAAAUGGAAACCGCUUGCAGAAGCAAAUGGCGACGAUUCAAGUGUCAGGUGACGAUCGACUGAGCGUCGUAACAUUCAACGGAGAGGCCAUUGGAACUUCCAAGCUGCUCUUCUCUGACUACGGAGUCUGUGACGUCGUAGAAGGACCUACUGGACACUGCGAUCUCUGGGCGCACGACAGCGCCAUUAGAACGACCUCAUUUGGCUGCUGCAGUACAAAGUUUCAAGAGUGCCUCAAAGGACGCACUGUCCUUUAUCCCUACCAAGAAGACUGUCCUACAGAGUAAGGAACGGCAGGGUGAAGACCUGUCAAGCCGAUGAGCUAUUUCCAAACAGCGGGCAUCAUCAAUACUUCGCACAAUUAAGCGCGUACGUUUUCAAUAAAGCAAACAAAUAAU